AUGUCGCAGGAUAUAGUGCCACCAGAGUCGCGCGCAGACGUGGAGGGAGAAGAGCUCGAACCGUUGCGCCGCUCUCCGCACCCAUAUCUGCGCCACAGGGACCAAAUACGCAGACACUCACCAAACCGAAGCGAUGACCUAAUUCCUCAGGAACAGACGCCGUACGGAACCGAAGAUGACACGAUGCACGAGGACGACGGCAGAAAGCGCCGGAGACCGACAUCGCAGUCACCCAGCGAAAGCGGCACCGAGGCAGACGAUGAAGGCUGUAGCCUUGUGAAAGCGCUACCCGCUCCACCCUUACGACCGCACAAGGGCCUUCGCGAUCCGCGAGCCUACGGGCCAGAAGAAUGGGCGGCGACCCCUCUCCUGACCCCAACGCAAAUCGACGACGAGGGGAGGAGGUUCUCGGACCGCUUCCUUAACAACAAGGGAAUGCGCAAGGGCGACAUAUAUCACACUGAUGAGGAAGCGAGAGUCGCUCGACAGAAAUACCUACAACGGCGGCGGAAUGAGCUUCUUAGGAGGACUACUGAGACUAUUCUCCUGGCUGGCAUUGUGGUCCUUGCAGUCCAUGGAUGCGCAUGCUGGGCCAGGCUGCUCGAAUGGCACAGAGGUUUGCACCCUAUCAGGUAUAUGCUGGGCUAUGUUGACACUGAUUUAGCAGAACUGUUGACUCACGUGGCGGUUUUGGCGGCCGUCUUGGGCUUAUAUCCUCUUCGUCUCAUGUACUAUUCAUGGAAAAACCAAUCGCGUCUCAAACUUGGUCAGCGAAUACAUCUACCAGCAGCCUUCGAUCCAGCAACCAUGCUCUAUCCUCCAGUGUUGCCCGUCCUCAUUGCAAUAUCACUCUUUCCCUCAUCACCGAAGCUUCUUCUGCCGAACUUGUUGCUUGGAUUAGCCGCAUUACCGGCUAGGGUAAUUCCUUUCAAAAGCUCAGUCUUGGGCUACUCACCGCUACACUGGCUUCUUUCUAUUCUGCCUCUGAUUGCAGCAGGAAGCACUAUCAUCCCUUCUUGGCCACUUGCAUCGAAACCAUACAGGCUCGAGCUGCCGCCGGGACAACAGGACCUGGAUCCAGAGCUAUUGGUCACACUGUUUCCUUUAUAUCAGGCCCUUCUACCCCCGCUAUACUACCUUACUACAACAAGUCUCCUACCCACCGAGCUCCACUUACUCUCCAUUGGGCUCAUCAACCUCUUUUUAUUUUCCGAAUCGCCACAGGCAAUCAUACUCAUGGUAUUGUUGUGGCUGGGUGGACUCGGCGUGUUCUUGCUGUGCGGCAAGGUCCUUAAAUGGGGCGUCGCACUUGCACGCAUCCCACGUUGGAGGCUCCGACGCGCCGGACAGGUCAUUCGAGCGCGUCAAAACUUUCUACAGGUGCUGAACCAGAGUCUAGGGGCAAAGAACCGUGGAAACAGUAAGGGAAGGAUGAGUGACAGUGAUGCCGACGACGACGAAGCCAUGCCUUUGCACAAGACCAAGAGCCUGAAGCUCAAUAUUCUAGACUCUGUACGUGGCAACAGGGAAUCUACAAAGGGUACAGAGCCGCAAUCAGCGGUCGAAGCUGCAAAACCGGACUCGCUGAAUUUACAUGACAGCACAGAAGGAAGGCCGAGUCUUGGACGUAAGCGCAGAAAUACACUUCCUGUUCUUACAGCCGAGGAUCACACGUCACAACAUCGAUACGCAAAUCGAAGGCGCACGACAUCUAUUGCACAGUCUUAUCUAUCGCUUACACCUAGCCAAGCAACAGCAAGACAGUGGCUUUAUGCUGGCUACUUCUAUGUCGUGGUUGUCGGCUUGAUACUUGGACCGAUCCGAUAUGCUAUCGGCAAGUAUGCUUUGCAUGACCAUGAGCCGUUCGGAUGGGCAAUCGGCUACCUAUUUGGAAACAUACCGGAUGUGCGGUGGAAGGUAUUUACAUGGAACCUGGACUGGUGGAUUCCCCUACCCGCAAGACUGGAUUCCGAAGCCUCAUUCAACUACGGUGAAGAGCUGCCAGUCGCGCAAUAUGUUCGCCAAGUCAUGUUGGGGGAAGCGAAUACGCGUUUAGUGCUAUGCAUAUAUUGUGCUGGCACCAUUCUUGUCGGCCUUAUUUCAGUCUUUUCUCUAUCUGCAGUUGUCGAGGUCGAUACUCGGCGCAAGGUCUUUCACGGCACCAUGGUGGCCAUGCUGCUGCCGACCAUGUACGUGGACCCUUGUUUUGUCGCGCUGGCUCUGGCGCUUGUACUGGCGAUUUUCAUCCUACUCGACCUAGUUCGUGCUUCGCAGCUACCUCCGCUGUCCAAGCCCAUUGCCAGAUUCCUCACGCCAUACGUCGAUGGACGCGAUCUACGCGGGCCUGUGGUGGUUUCGCACAUGUUUCUUCUCAUUGGCUGCGCGAUACCGCUUUGGCUCUCACUGGCAGGCGUGGAACGGAAGGGAGACUCGCCAUGGCAGGAGUGGGAUGUCAAGGACCGGGAUGUCAGCAUGGUCGCCGGAGUAGUCUGCGUAGGCAUGGGUGAUGCAGCCGCGUCCCUUGUCGGACGCCGCUACGGACGUCGCAAGUGGCCGUGGGCGGGGGGAAAGUCGCUCGAGGGAUCCGUAGCUUUUGCAGUCGCCGUCACUGUGGGGCUUGUCUUUGGCAAGGCAUGGCUAUGGGCGGGCUGGGGACAUGGUCAGGCAACGAACGGGUGGGCGCUGGAGACAGCGGUCACGGUGGGCAAAGCGGCUCUUUGUGCAGCAGGUGCGAGCCUCAACGAGGCGGUGCUCACAGGCGGCAACGACAACGUGAUCGUGCCCGUCAUACUAUGGGUACUUGUGAGAGGGGUCAGGCUGUAG